GAACCAAUGGUGGGAAAUGGCAAUUACUGGUCAGAUUUACCUUCUCUUCAAAGGCCUAUGCGUUUCUGUCGGUAGCGUCUUAAUUAACCACAUACCCGCCCUGGAGAUUGUCAGGCGGGACUGGGUCCACAGGAUGAUUCUCCAGGACUCAGAAAGAGCCAAAUGUAUUGUUGUCCGUAUUCCUCAAUAUCCUACUGCCUACUGCCCCAGGUGGCAGGACACUAUGUUGGCACCUUCUAGUCAUCUCGUCGUUUGACUCCAGGGCUAUGUGAAAAGUCUCUCACCCCACACCUCCUUGCCACUUGGCAUGGUACUAAAGAAUGUGUUGGGGGCCACAUGGCGAUCAUGGUCCACAAAAUAGCCCUUCUAAUACAGAAACUAAACGGUUUCUCUAAAGAUCACUGCUUACAGGGCAAAAGGUGUAUGUACAUAGUGCCUUACUGGUCUCGAUUGGUGCUUCGGCACAUGUUGAAAUUGGUAAUAUAAAAUCCACAGG